AUGAAUUCUAAUACGAUAUUUGAUAUCAACAAGAGAAGAAAGUUAAAUAAAGUGGAUAUGACAGAGGUUGACUACGAUAUGGAUAAACUAUUAAACCUAGAAGAAGAAUAUUAUCAACAAGGUUAUCAGGAAGGGCAAGACUUCUCAACUAAACAACAGUACAAUGAAGGUAAAGAAUAUGGAUAUCAAACAGGAUUUCAAAGAUUUUUAAUAAUAGGAUACAUACAAGGCUUAGUAAAUUACUGGAGAGAAAACAUAGAUCAAUAUGAAAAGGGAAUAGAGAAUAAAUCACUAAGAAAUCAUAUUUCACAAUUAAAUGAAUUAGUUCAAAAUGUACCAACUACGAAUGGAAUGGAUGAAGUUAAGGAAUUUGAGAAGCGAAUAACCAAAAGUAGAAAUAAAUUGAGAGUUAUAGCUAAUAUAUGCAAAGAACUGUGGAAAGUGAAUAAAUUAGAUAAUUUAAUGAACGAAAUAGGUGGAAAGCUACAAGUAAGUGAAAAUGUCGAUGAUAUGUGGUAA